AUGAUCAUGUGCAGAGGACUGGAAUCACUUCCAAGCAUGUGUUUAGAGAGGGCCAAAGAACUUAAGGCUCGAUUUGGGAGUCUUCUCCUGAAGCAGGAGCUUAGUCUUACAGGUCACUUACAGAAACCUGACAAACUCAGACUGACAGUGGAGGACUCACUGAGAUGGAGGGAAUCUUUUCAGAGCCUUCUGGCCAGUAAACAGGGACUGUAUGCUUUCCGAGCCUUCCUUCUGUCUGAGUACAGUGAGGAAAACAUAGCAUUCUAUCUGGCCUGUGAGGACUAUAAGAAUACAAAGACCUCCUCCAAGCUGUGUGCCAAGGCCAAGCAGAUCUAUGAGGAGUUCAUUGGCUGUGACGCACCUAGAGAGGUUAAUCUUGAUCAUGAAACCAAAAGCAUCACUAAAAAGAAUGUGGAGAAUCCCACGUUCUCCUGCUUUGACCUGGCACAGAGCAAGAUCUAUGCGCUGAUGGAGAAAGACUGCUAUCCCCGUUUUCUCAAGUCCGCAUCCUACCAGGAGCUCAGCGGACGGCUCGCGGGCUAA